AUGGAGGCUGGGUCAGUGGUUCGAGCCAUCUUUGACUUCUGCCCUAGUGUAUCAGAAGAACUGCCCCUCUUUGUGGGGGAUGUGAUUGAGGUGUUGGCAGUGGUGGAUGAGUUUUGGCUUCUAGGAAAGAAAGAGGAUGUUACAGGACAGUUCCCCAGUAGUUUUGUGGAAAUUGUGACCAUUCCCAGCCUAAAAGAAGGAGAGAGGCUGUUUGUCUGUAUCUGUGAAUUUACAUCCCAAGAAUUGAACAGUCUUCCCCUUUAUCGAGGUGACCUCGUGAUUCUCGAUGGCGCUCUCACUGCCGGCUGGCUGCAAGGCCGAAGCUGCUGGGGUGCCCGGGGCUUCUUCCCGUCCUCGUGCGUUCGGGAGCUCUGCCUGUCCUCGCAGAGCCGGCAGUGGCACAAGCAGAGUGCCCUGCUGCAGAUUCCCGACUACUCCAUGGGACAGGCCCGAGCGCUGAUGGGGCUCUCUGCCCAGCUGGAUGAGGAGCUGGACUUCAGAGAAGGGGAUGUGAUUACCAUUAUCGGAGUUCCUGAACCAGGCUGGUUUGAAGGGGAACUAGAGGGUCGAAGGGGCAUUUUCCCCGAAGGUUUUGUAGAACUUUUGGGGCCCCUGAGGACCGUGGAUGAGUCGGAGAGGUCUGGAAAUCACGAUGACUGCAUGGAAAACGGUGAAGUAGAUACCCCUACUGAAGAGGAGAGAGGGCUGGAAGAGGACGAUGAGCAGCCAGGGACCUACGGCAUCGCCCUCUACAGGUUCCAAGCCCUGGAGCCGAAUGAGUUGGAUUUCGAGGUAGGCGAUAAGAUCCGAAUUCUGGGGACCCUGGAAGAUGGCUGGCUGGAAGGAUCACUGAAGGGCAGGACAGGCAUCUUUCCUUACCGCUUUGUAAGUGUGUGUCCUAAAACAAAGGUGGAGGAAACUGUGGCCCCGCCACAGGAAAGCAGCCUUACCAGGGUCCCUGAACCGCCUUUGGAUUGCUCAGAGAACUCCUUAGUCCUGGGGGGAAAAGGACACGCAUCUCAUGAGUAUGAAGAAGAGACGUCCAGCUGUAUUAUUUCUGAAACAUCUGCUUCUCCCCCAGAUCAUCUGGCCUCUGAAUAUGAGCCAAACAAAAUCUCUCACUGGGACGAGGGCACCUCGAGGGGGCCGCCGAGAAGCCCAGGCCCAGGGCAUGAACAGCCUCUGGCCAGAGACUCUGCCACAAAGGACUCUUCAGAGGUAGUCAACGGCGUCUCCUCCCAACCUCAUGUGCCUUUUCACCCCCAACUGCAGAAAAACCAGUAUUAUUCUAGGGCAGGAGGGAGCCAUCCAAGCUCAGGGCAGUUCUCUGACCCUUUUCCUCUAGAAGCAAGAACGAGAGACUAUUCCAGCCUCCCUUCCAGAAAAACACACUCUCAGCCAAAGACUCUAGCGUCUCCUUUUCAUGAAGGCUCCUCUCUCCCAGCCUCUAGGGUGGUCAGGCCUAGCCAGUGGAGCCCUCAACUCCAGAGCAAGGCAAGGUGUCCCCAAAAGUACCACACACCCCAAGGGAAAAACGCUUCCCGCUUUUGUGCAGAGACGAAGCCUGGUCUGCGAGACAUGGCGCCCGCCGUGGAAACAUUGGCCCUUCCCCAGGGAGACGGCCACGUUGACCUGGAUUCGAAGUUGACGCAACAGCUGAUAGAGUUUGAGAAGAGCUUGUCAGGGUCUGGCUCUGAACCCGAUAAAAUUUUGCGCCACUUUUCAAUCAUGGACUUCAGCUCCGAGAAGGAUAUUGUCCGAGGUUCCUCAAAGCUCACCACCCAGCAGGAGCUGCCUGCGAGGAGAAAGGCCCUGAGGCCACCGCCACCCCGGCCAGCAUCCAGUCCUCCCCAUUUGCCGGUGGACCAGAACCUGAAACCCGAGCCACCCUUGGCAGUGCGGCCCUCUCGCCCAGCUCCCCUGCCUCCCUCAGCACAGCAGAGAAUGAAUGCGGUAGCCCCCAAACUCCUAACCUGUAACCGUCCUGCCUAUGAGGACCUAGGAAAGGAGGCCCCCGAGAAUAUGGAAAAGACUUUGGACCAGCCUUCCCAGUGCCCGUUAGUAUUGGUGAGAAUUCAGGAAAUGGAACAGGACUUGGAUAUGUAUAGCAGGGCUCACGAAGAGCUAAACUUAAUGCUGGAGAAGCAAGAGGAAUCCUUAAGGGCAGAGACCCUGGAGAAUCUUGCAUUCUACGAGAGCAACAUUGAAAAUUUGAAUAUGGAAAUCCAGCAACUUAGAGAAAUGACGCUCCUCUCCUCCCAGUCUUCAUCUCCGGUGGCUGCUUCCACGGAAAACCCAGAGCAGAGGAUGCUGGAGAAGAGAGCCAAGGUGGUAGAUGAACUUCAUCAGACGGAACGAGACUACGUUCGGGAUCUGGAAAUGUGUAUUGAGAGGAUCAUGGUACCCCUGCAGCAGGCACAGAUACCAAACAUUGAUUUUGAGGGACUUUUUGGAAAUAUGCAGAUGGUGAUAAAGGUCUCAAAACAAUUAUUGGCCGAUCUGGAAAUCAGCGAUGCUGUAGGACCUGUGUUUCUUGAGCACCGGGAUGAGCUUGAGGGAACUUACAAGGUUUAUUGCCAGAAUCACGACGAGGCCAUCUCGCUGCUGGAAAUCUAUGAGAAGGAUGAGAGGAUCCAGAAGCAUCUCCAGGACUCCGUGGCAGAGCUUAAGAGCCUGUACAGCGAAUGGGGAUGCACAAAUUAUAUUAAUCUGGGCUCCUUCCUCAUCAAACCAGUGCAGAGAGUAAUGCGUUACCCACUGCUGCUAAUGGAGUUGCUGAAUUCCACCCCAGAAUCCCACCCGGAUAAAGCGCCUUUAACCAAAGCAGUCCUUGCAGUCAAGGAAAUCAACGUUAACAUUAAUGAAUAUAAACGUCGAAAGGAUCUGGUCCUCAAGUACCGGAAGGGCGAUGAAGAUAGCCUCAUGGAGAAAAUUUCUAAACUGAACAUCCACUCCAUCAUCAAGAAAUCCAACCGCGUGAGCAGCCACCUGAAGCACCUCACUGGCUUUGCUCCCCAGAUAAGAGAUGAAGCAUUUGAAGAAACAGAAAAGAACUUCCGAAUGCAGGAACGACUGAUCAAAUCUUUUAUACGAGACCUGUCUCUCUACCUCCAGCACAUCCGGGAGUCAGCCUGUGUGAAGGUGGUGGCUGCGGCGAGCAUGUGGGACGUGUGCAUGGAGAAGGGACACAAGGACCUGGAACAGUUCGAGAAGGUGCAUCGCUACAUCAGCGACCAGCUCUUCGCCAGCUUUAAGGAGAGGACAGUGCGGCUGGUCAUCUCCCCCCUCAACCAGCUGCUCAGCAUGUUCACAGGGCCCCACAAGCUGGUGCAGAAGCGCUUCGACAAGCUGCUGGACUUGUACAACUGCACCGAGCGGGCGGAGAAGCUCAAGGACAAGAAGACGCUGGAGGAGCUGCAGUCGGCCCGCAACAACUACGAGGCCCUGAACGCGCAGCUGCUGGAUGAGGUGCCCAAGUUCCAGCAGCUCGCCCAGGGCCUCUUCACCAACUGCGUCCACGGCUACGCCGAGGCCCACUACACCUUCGUGCGCCAGGCUCUGGAGCAGCUGAAGCCCCUGCUCUCGUUACUCAAAGCUGCCGGCAGAGAGGGAAACCUCAUUGCCGUCUUCCACGAGGAGCACAGCAGGGUUCUGCAGCAGCUGCAGGUUUUCACCUUCUUCCCAGAGGCUCUCCCAGCUACCAAGAGGCCGUUUGAGAGGAAGACCAUGGACCGCCAGUCUGCUCGGAAGCCACUCCUGGGCCUGCCAACUUACAUGCUGCAGACGGAAGAACUCCGGGCCUCUCUUCUGGCGAGGUACCCCCCAGAAAAGCUCUUCCAAGCCGACCGGAACUUCAAUGCCGCUCAGGACCUGGAUGUCUCCCUUCUGGAAGGCGACCUGGUGGGCGUGAUCAAGAAGAAGGACCCCAUGGGCAGCCAGAACCGCUGGCUGAUUGACAAUGGAGUCACCAAAGGCUUCGUGUACAGCUCCUUCCUGAAGCCCUACAACGCCCGCCGCAGCCACUCCGACGUCUCUGUGGGCAGCCACUCCUCCACCGAGUCCGAGCUCAGCAGCUCCUCCCCCAGGUUCCCCCGGCAGAACAGCAACAGCACCUUGGCCUUCAGCCCCGGCGGCACGGCCGUGGCCUUCACGUCGGGGCCUGGCCAGAAACAGCCUCCAGAUGCGUCUUCGCUGAAGGAACUGGACCAGGCCGCUCUCAGCGCUCCCUUAAACGUGGGCCGUUCAGAGAGCAGUCCUUCCAGCUGCCCGUCAGACCCGCACUCCGCCUCCCAGCCCAGGCCCUGGGACUCCGCCGACGUGGCCCAAGACGUGGCCCAGCCGGCACCCACCCCGAGGAGCUACCGAAGCGCCCGGCACCCGGAGGUGGCUGGCUGCUCCGUGCCAGGGCGAAACGGGCAAGAUAACGGCCUCCUGAAAGGAUGUGUAGGAACAGCCCAGAAUGUGGAAGAUAAAAACGAAGAGCCGGAGAGCAGCGAGGCAUUAGGCAACCAGGUCUAUUUUGCUGUCUAUACCUUCAAGGCACGGAACCCAAAUGAGCUGAGUGUGUCAGCUAAUCAGAGACUCAAGAUCCUGGACUUUAAAGACGUUACAGGAAAUACAGAAUGGUGGUUGGCCGAAGUUAAUGGGAAGAAGGGCUAUGUUCCAUCCAAUUAUAUUCGCAAAGCUGAGUACACCUGA